UUGCUUCGUCGGCAAAGAAAGACGACGAUGGCUUUAGCAAAAGAAAGUCACAGGUGAAGACUUUCAAAAUAAGGGAAAUAAUAAUAUACGAUGAAACCCUCUACUUCGUCUUCGUUUGUUCUCUACCUGUUCACUACUCACUUCCAAUCUUGCUCGCACGAUCUGAACUUCUAUUCCACGUUCUCUCUGGAUCGUUCCCUUCCGAAUCGUUCCACAGAAAGUGGUGCAAAGUGAUAUGUUUUAUCCAUCUAGUGGGCGGAACCAGAGACCCAAAGGGUUUAAGGUUAAGCAGGCAUUUCAAGUGAUUUUGCUUUUGGCAGUUUCUAUUUGGUUGCUAUACCAGAUCAAGCACUCACACAGUAAACCAAAGGAAUAUGGUGGUGAGCAGAAGAAGCUCAGCAGUGAGCAUGGAAGCAUGGUUUUGGGACGUAAAGGGGGCACAGGAUUUAGUGAAGGGGGGGUUUACACAGACUCCAUUGAAGUGAAUCAUGUAGGGGAAGGCCAAAGAAAAAAAGAUGGAGGUGGUGGAGAUGAUGAGUUAGAUAGGAAUAUUGAAGAGAAGGCCCAAGAUGAGUCUUUCAUCAAUGGGCAUGAAGAUUUGCAAGGGAAUAUUACUAAUGAUGAAAAAGAUGGUGCGAAGGAACUAGAAACUCAAAAUAGGGAAUCAAUGAGAAGUGAGGAAAAUAAUCUAGGUACUCAGGUGAGAGAUAGGGAUGAAGCAGUUUCAGAUAAUGCGGAAGAACCCUUGGAAAAGGGACAUGAAGAUUCAAAGGAAGGCCUCACAAACAUUAUUGAGCAAGAGGACAGAGAAAAGGUAGAAACGCAAAAUGAUGAGCCAAAGAAAAGUGAGACAAGUAAUCCUGAUACUGAAGUGAUAGACACAGGUGAAGCAAUGGGUUCAGAUAAGGGGAAAGAAGAACAACAAAACAAGGAGCAUGAAGAUUCGAAGGAAAGCUUCACAGACCAUGCAGAGCAAGAGGACCGAAAAUUUCUAGAAAGACAAAAUGAGGAGACAGAGAAGAGUGAGAAAGUUAAUCCUGAUACUGAAGUAAUAGACAGAGAAGAAGCUGUGAGUUCAGAUAAGGGGGAAGAAGAAGCACUGAACAAGAGGCAUGAAGAUUCAAAGGAAAGUUUCACAGAACAUGAGGAACAAGGGGACAGAGAAAUGCUAGAAAGACAAAAUGACGAACCAGAGAACAGUGAGAAAGGUAAUCCUGAUACUAAAGUAAUAGACACAGAUGAAGCAGUGGGUUUAGGUAAGGACUCUAAAGGAAAUGCAGAGGAUAUUGCUCUGCAACAUAGUGAAACUGAGAACAUUACUGUUCCUGGUCAAACUGAAAUGGGAGAUGAGCUCCAAGGCUUUCAUGAUGAGAAUGGGGUUCCACAAGAUGGCAAUGAUCUCCUAAACUCCCACGGCAAUGGAACUACUAGUGAUGAACAGGCAAAGGAUACAAAUCAGGAUCAUGAGACCAUUUCAAGUUUGGAGAAUCAGACCCAAGUUGCGGAAAUCACAAACCAGACAGCCGGUGAAUCCUCCAAUUCAUCUCAAGCUGAUGAGCCGACUGACAGAGGAAUGUCAACUGACAACUUGGUUAUCAAACAAGGAGAAUUUCAAUCUGAAGAGAGUGGAACUUUUUCUGUGGUGAAAGCCAUAAGUAACAACAUACUUGAAGGCAGCAAGACCAAGUCUAAUGAUAAUGUCGAAAACAGUUCUCAAUCUGGAGAUAACUCUGAUGUAUCAAGCAUCAAGGGGUCAUCAGAAAGCAGUCAGGAUGCUACUUUUAGUUCAGAAAGUUCUAGUUCUUCACAACCAGAAAAUGAAGAAGCUACAGUUAUAGAGACACUUCCACAAGCUGAAAAUGCAGCGGACAGUAAGGAAUAAUGUCCAAUUCACAAGGAUUAAUGUUUAAUUCAUCCCUUGUAGUAAAUGCUAUAUUUUCCGUCUUCUAUUUUUCUUGAGAAGUGUAGUAUUGCCUAUCUUUCUUAUUUUC